GGUCGUGUCUACACAGCCCAGUGCUUCCCCGCCCCCGUCCCCUUCCUGGAAGCCCAGCUGUUGCGUCGCCACUUGCAGGUGUCGGUUGCCCCGCCCCUCGUCCCUCCGCCCUUAAAGGGGUCGCGUCUCCCGAGGCCUCCGGGGGCAAAGACAGCGGCGCAGCGUGACCCGCACACCCGUGAGGGCUCCGUGGCCGCCGUGCCGGAGGUGCUCAGAGGAUUUUUCCAGACCCGGGAAGGGGGCUGGGCCACACCCCGGAGGAGCUGCUUCACUCCCAGGUUUCCCGUCCGCCCUACCUCCACGAUGACAGCCCGCAUCCUCCUGCUGAUGCUCCUCGCUUCCUCCAUCCUGGGGGACCCGGACUCCACGGGCAGGCGGCCCCAGCACCAAGUCCUGCAGCGGCGCGGGCGUCUCUGUUCCCUGGGCACGUGUCAAAUGCACCGCCUGCCAGAGUUGAUAUACUGGCUUCGCUCUGCCUCCACCAAGGAGGUCUCGGGGAAGGCUGGCCGCAAGCCCCAGGACCCUCACAGCUACGGGCGCCGCCGGCGGCGCGCGGCCAAAGUCCUGCUAAAUCUCCAGGAUUCCGGUUUGCAACAAGGAGGCCAGCGCAGUGCCCAGCUCGCUAGGUGAUGUUGGACAUUUCUCUGCACCUCCCCUGGCCUCGGUUUAUCCAUCUGUGUAUUGGGGCCACGAUCCCAAGUUUCUUUUCCCCUAACUCCACCUCCUGAGCUCUCUCUAGGCUGCGCUGGACCCCUGGGCACAUCGGACCCACCAUGGACAAAGAAUAUUAACGUCCAGAACUAAAUAAAGCGGGAGUUACAUGUUUCA